GCAAUUAUUGUUGCUUUGGUUUCUAAUUAAUUUCCAUGUAUAAUAUAUUUGUUUAAUGACUGCUUAAUACUUACGUCAGCUGGUGACUACAAGCAAAAGAAAGCUCUCUCGCCAAUAAGACCAGCUAAGAAGAAGAGGAUGGAUAGUAAUAAUAGGGACUGGCAGGCUUGUAGUGCUAGCCGGCCUGCUUCUCCCUUAGAGCAGAUAGAGAUAAUGGAACAUCAUGAGCUGCAGGAGUCUAGGAGUGAGCAGGAGCCAAGCAGCAGUGACCUUGAGAAGUACAAAUUUUACAUUGAAAAUGGCAUCAAGGGAGCGAUGUUAGCUGUACCGCCUAGCGAUCAAAUGAAGAAUGUGGAGCGAAGAAUUUGUGUGGCUCGGGGUAUGGGAGCGAAGCAUAAGAAGAAACUACUCGAAGAGUUGAAUACUGAAGUGGAAAACAACUACAGAUUCAGUCUUCAGCAAGCCAUCGUGGAUUACAUAUUGAAAGAUCCACACGAAAGGGGCUUGUAAGGUCACCGGUACCAUAGCGUGACUCAUUCAGCAAUGCUAAGCAAUGUCUGAGUCAGCACCUGUUCAUUACGAAUCCUGUGAUGCAGAGACUGCACAAUCUCUA